GGGGAAUCGGAGUGGAUAACUACGUGCACAGGUGCGCCCAGGCUGCCUGUGAUACAGUGGACAAUCCUUGGAGUUACUGCACGUGGGGAGACUGGCAUCAGACUGGGGGAAGAUUCCAUUUGACCAAGGAGGGGUGCAAAACAACUUGGUCAUGAGCAGGAAUGUACACUUCGGAGUUGAGAUCUUUGCGGUCCAAGAAACGAGUGGGCAAUUAUGGCAAACUUGGCAGCCCGGGAGAGAUACGUCUUGGAACGUCUGGAGAAAGAUUCCACAAAACCUGACGGGGGCAGCGUUCAUCAAUAACCCUUACCUCCGUCUCAACGAAGCUGGAUGGUGGAUGGCAUAUGGUCUCAAUUACAAAAAUCAGGUUGUUCCGGUUGAGGCUUCACAUUCCAUGGACAUCAGUCCAAAGAAGGUAGCCUGGUCCAAGAACCUGGUCGUGUCCUGGACCAUCUCUAGCGACCAGGCUUCAAAAAUGGACUGGAUCGGUGUCUACCCCAAGGGAGCAAACGACGAUCAGUACCUAGACUACAGGUAUGUCCAGGGUGGCCUGAAUCCUGGAAAGAACCCAGUAUGCAUAGGAAAGGUGUCUAUGUCCUCCUUCGUUCCCAACGGGACUUAUCAGGUUCGCUACCUGGUGAACAGUCAGUUCAUCAGCCUUAUGGAAAUGGAUGUGACCUUCUACAACGAAUCCCGCGAGUCAGAUAUGUUGCAGCUUUUCCGAGGUAUAUACACCGGUCUGGAGGCUAGUACGGAUAACAUUGAUGCAUGUAUAAAUGAGGGUCUACAGACCAUACAGAUGUUUGAGGAGUGUUUCCAUGAGUUCAAGAUGGGAGAGGUAUUCCAAGGUCUACAACUCCUCGGCACAGCCCUUGAAGAUGUUGCCCAGACCCUGACAAAAUGUGAUCUAUUUUCGAUCGCUAAGAAACUCCUAGGCUAUAUCACAGAUCUCCUGGAGUGUAUGGAGGGUAAUUGUCUUAGUUUCGUCUUCGACUUUAUCAUGGAGCUCCGGAUCCUGUUUUUGAAUAGGUAUGAGAUCUACGGGGAUAUCAGGGGUGCCGCGAAUAGCUUUCAGCAAAAGGCUUAUCAGCAAGGAGGGCUGUGUAUCGGAAGAUUUGUCAAGGCUUGCUUUCUGGUACAGGACUCCCUGAUGGCCAAUGGUAGUUUGGAGUAUGUUAAACUGAAGGGGGUUGUGAAGAUGACUGGGAACAGUAUGAGUAUGAAUGCUUUGAAGCUUAAUGCCACCGGUAGUACUAAGAAUAUGAAGCUGGUCGAAUCCGGUAGUAAGAUGGGGGUGAAGCUGAUUGAAACUGGUAAAAAGAAGGGGUAAAUUGAUUGAAAGUGGCAGAAAGGAAGGAGUCAUUGUCAGGCCUCUCAUAAGAUGAAAAUGAGUUUAUGUUUUUUUUUUCGGGAGGGGGGGGGGUGAGGGAGUAUUACAAGGUUCGGCCUUUGGUCCAUUGCUUUUUAUAUCAGUAUCAUUAGUUAUAUGACACAUGUUUGUGUAAUAGUGUACUUUAUGGAAGUGAUCAUAGAAGUAAAUGUAAAACCAUGUGUUGUGAUAGUUUGCUAUGAAAUGCUGUGUGCCGUAAGUGUCCUACUGCAACGUUGUCUUUCGUGUUUCUGUAUAAAGCAAUAUGUAUGUCAGACUCCUAGAAUGUAUUGCAAGCAAGGAUGUACGUUUUUAGAGGAAUGAGGUGCAGAAUAAAGCCAUUUGCUUGUGUCCUCACAUGUAUUACAGUCUAGAGUAUCAAUUGGAUGUGGGGCGGGGUAGUUGAUUUCCCUCACUUAUUUUGAUAUUUUUGUAACUUUGCGUCCAAUAGAGCAACAACAAAAUUGUUAUCAUAUCAUGUGGUAGAAAAGAGGGAGUAAAUUGAUAGACACUGUCACACUGGUAUAAAGAACUUGGUGAAUCUGAUUGAAACUCGUAGUAAGGAGAGGCUGAAUGUGAUUGAAACUGGUAGAAAGCAGGGGUAAAUUAAUUCUUAUAACGCAACGAAAACCUUUCAUGUAGUAAGACUUAUUUACUCGGUAUUUAAAUAACAUGUGCCUUUUUUGUUAGCCGCACACCAAUUAUUCCUCUAUCCCUCUCUAUCUGUCUCUCUGUUUCCUGAAGCAAGUCAUUUUUUGUUAUUUUUUGCCACUGAAUUUCUGUUGUUUUUUGCCUGUUUAUAUUAUCAUAUUUUGUUGUGGCUGUACUCAUAAGUUAUAGAGCUGCAUGCACUUCAAGCGCAAACUUACGCUGCAGCUCUUUUGCAUUUGCUAUGUCAAUCUUUCCCACCAUUUUUUGGGCAUAAAUUGUGUUAUUCAUUGUGAUUUAAAGAAGAAAAAAGUACUAUUAAAAUGUUCAUAUUGUAACUGAUUAUUAUUGUAUGAAAAAUGCAGAAAUCAAUAAAUCAAAUCAAGGAAAGGGGUGAAUCUGAUUGAAAGAGGUAGAGAGGAGGGUGAAUCUAAUUAAAAGUGAUAGUAAUUAAGGAGGGGUUGAAUCUGACUGACACUGGUAGAAAGGAGGGGUGAAGUUGGUUGAUACUGAUUCUUAAUCAUGUGGUUGCCCCCCACGUCCUCCCCUC